AUGUCGGCCACGCCAGCUCGUGGCACCCCUGCUGGCGGCGGUGGCGGUGGCACCAGCGGCGGCAGUAGUACCGCCGGCAGCAGCAGCUCUGAGACGGAGCCUGAGGAGCCGGCGGAGGCUGUAGCAAUGGCGGCGGCGGAGCCUGGGGAAGGGGGAGGGGGAGUGCGCAGACCGAGCAGUAGCGGAAUCCGCGAUAGCGAUGACGGAGAUGCCGCUGGUGAAGCCGCUGCGGCGGCGCCCACGGACGCCGUUGGUACGGCACCUGCCGUCGUUGGCGGUGGUGGGUUAACCAGGGCGGCGGUGGCGGCGGGGCACCAGCACCAGCGGCAACAGGGUCGUACAGAGGCGGCGGAGGCGACUUGGACCGGUGUAGGGGAAGAGGAGGGUACCGCCCAUGGCGGUGUGAUGAUGGUGGAAGAGGACGAGGAGGAUGGUACGGCAGAGAGUACAGCCGAGAGUACGGAAGUUGAGGCGGCGGAAGCAGCAGCAGCAGCAAGAAAGGCGGGACAGGAAGAUAAUGUCGAUGUCGAUGUCGAUGUCGAUGUUGAUGAUGAUGAUGACAAUGAGGCGGCGGCGGCGGGGGAGAGUGAGCUAGCUGGCGAGCUGCACAUUCGCGACGGCGGUAUGGGGCUGCUGUUGGCGCUAAUUCCGGACUGUCAAUGGCAGGGGGGAGGAGCUGCAGUAGAUUUGAAAGUGCACGGCAAGCUCAACGCGCCACAGGUGGACGGUCGGGCCCGGGUAACCCGGGGGACUCUGCUGAGCCCGCUGCUGCGAUACCCCGUCACAAACCUCAAUGCUGACGUACAGUUUGAUGGUCGUACACUGCUGGCCAAUUCCGUUGAGGCCUCCCUGGGCAAGACCGGAAGCUUCCGUGUACGGGGAGCUCUGCCCGUACAGCUUCCCGUACACCAUCGCCAUCACCAAUUGGGCGGCACCUCCGCUUCAUCCUCCCCCACCCCAGUCGCCCCCGCGAAUCCCCCCGCCAGCAGCAGUACGACAGAGGGUUUGCUGGUGGAAAUUGACCAGGCGGAGGACCCCCCCGGCUCCCCCUCCCCCGCCGGAGCGGGAGUUGGUGGUGUUGGGGCGGGUAGCGGCUCUCCGGCCCCAGGACCGCCCCUGGUCCUUUCCGGGCUGGAGGUGGUGCUGGGUCCGGAAAUGAGGGCCUUAUUCCCCGUGGUACUGAAUCUGGGGCUGAGCGGAUCGGUGACUCUGAACGGACCCGCCGACCCGCAACGGCUGCAGCCGGUUGGCAGCAUCACCCUGGAGAGCGGGACACUUAACUUGCUGGCGACACAGCAACCGCAGCAACCGCACGCAUCAGUCGGAGCGGGGCCCCCACCACCCGCCACCACCUCCUCCACCACCUCCUCCACCACCUCCUCCAGCUCGGCCCCCUCGGGCCCAAUCGACCCCCUCAUUGACCUGGUGCUGGUCAGCGGAGACCUGCGGGCAACCAUCUUGGCGAGAAGGGCCAGCUGGCGCUUCGGUCGUUGGCCAGAUCGACCGUUAGUUCGUUGUUGCCGCGCAUUGAGACUCGCGGCCAGCUGCAACCAACUAACCGUCACCACCUAA